CGAUGUAAAAAGCAAGAUGGCGUGUGAUGGCGAAUACCUUAAAGUGAUCAUUGUCAUUCUUUCGUCUUAAUCCACGCGUACACGUACAAAUAAAUAGUGUAGUGUAGUGGUGUAGUAGAGUAAACAUCGUUGAAAAAUUGUUUGUAUCCGGAUACAUUAGUGUGAGCGCACUUUGACGCUUCUCGGGCUAGCAUAGCUUGUUAGCUGCUAACAAAGAGACGCGGAAGGUGUCACAACGCUAAGCAGAGGUCAAGUGUGAGUGUAAGGUGUUCGGGUUGUGUGAAAAUGUGCGAAAGAACGAUAGCAGAGUACGAGGAGGAACUUUCUCCAACAAAAGAGAAGAACGAGCGACAACGUCACCUACUGGACGCUGUUUUCAAGAAGCCUCAAGUCGCGAUAGACAGAGCAGGCGUCAGUGAAGAACAUCUUCUCCCUGAGCAGCAGGAGUGGAGCUUCAGGGUGGAGCAGAAGGAGCCUCAACCCCCACACAUUCAAGAGGAAGAGAAGGAGUCCCAGCCCCAGCACGUUAAACAGGAAGAAGAGCUACAGUUCCAGCACAUUAAAGAGGAGGAGGAGGAGCAAAGCAUCAGUCAGGUGGAGUUUGAAGGGCUGGAGGAGUUUCCAGUGAUUGGCGUCAUUGUGAAGAGUGAAGAUGAUGAAGACAAAGGUGAAAGUGAGGAGAAGAGAGAGGUGGAGCCUCCAAGCAGCAGCUCAACUCAACACAUGACAACAGAAGCUGAUGGAGACCACUGUGGAGGAUCACAAGCAGACAACCUCUUAGCUCCACUAUCAGAUAGUGACGACACAACGUCACACUCUCCUGACACUGCUGAUGAAGACUCUAAAGCUGAUAUGACAUGUCACACUGACAAUACACGCUUUAAAUGUUCUCAGUGUGACACAACCUUUAAACACCGGCGUAGUCUUAAUAGACACACGAGAACACACACAGGACAGAAACCAUUUGUGUGCACAGUUUGUGGUAAAAGAUUCUCUCUAAAGUCAAAUUUAAAAGUACACACAAGAAUACACACUGGAGAGAAACCCUUUUCCUGUUCAGUGUGUGGUAAAAGUUUUGUACAAAGUCAAUGUUUGAAAAUACACAUGAGAAUGCACACAGGAGAGAAACCAUUCAUGUGCACAAUUUGUGGUAAAAUAUUCUCUCGGAAUUCUCAUUUGACAUUACACACGAGAGUACACACUGGAGAGAAACCGUAUUCCUGUCCAGUUUGUGGUACAAGUUUUUCUCGAAAAGAUGAGUUGAAAAUACACAAAAGAAUACACACUGCAGAGAAACCUUUUUCAUGUUCAGUGUGUGGUACAGGUUUUACACACAAACAGUAUUUGACAGCACACGCAAGAAUACACACUGGGGAAAAACCUUUUACAUGUUCAAUCUGCGGUGUGGGUUUUACGCAGAGUCAUUGUGUGAAAACACACAUGAAAAGACACAGUGGAGAAAAACCCUUUUCCUGUUCAGUGUGUGGUAUUAGGUUUAUUCGAAACUAUGAGUUGAAAAUACACACAAGAAUACACACUGCAGAGAAACCUUUUUCCUGUUCAAUCUGUGGUACAGAUUUUAGACUAAAUCAGCAUUUAAAAAGACACAUGAAAAUACACACUGGUGAGGAAGUGUUGCGUUGCAGUGUGUGUGGUGAAAGAUUCUCUCAUAAGUACCAGCUUAACAAGCACAAGUGUGCUGGUGAGAACAGCAGCAGUAAAUGAGGCUGCACGACUUGAAAUAAACCAUCAAGACUGUAACAUUUCAAACUUCUGCUUCUGUGUCUUCAACGACCAGCGUUAACUUCCACUCUCAGCACUGACCAGUGGAAUAUGAGGUUCACAAAUUAAUAUUGAUCCCGCUCUGGGUAUUCAUGUUUUAUGUUUUUAUGAUUGCUGUCAUUCUAAAUAAAAGUGAAGGAU